GGGUACUCUCGUGAAGAUACGUUCUCUUGUGCGUGCACAUAGAAUCAUGGGGAUGCUGCGCUUUGACGGGCAAGUAGCUUUGGUGACGGGCGCGGCCGGUGGUCUCGGGCAGGAAUGGGCCAGAUCUCUUCAUGCACGAGGCGCGACUUGUGUCUUGGUCGACAUCGAUCCACGGGUUCUUCAGCUGGUGAAACCGGCGUCCUCGUCGUCCGAUGCAAAAUGGGAGUGCGUCGUGGCGAAUUGUGCGAACGAAAAGACCGGUCGCCAAGUGGUGGAGAACGUCCUCACCACGCAUGGUCGAGUAGACAUUCUUGUGCACGCGUCCACCCAGGUCCAAGACGCGGCCUUCCGCAAGAUGACGCGGUCCCAAUGGGACGCAGUGCUUGAGAACGACCUCACGUCCGCCUUCACCAUGACCCGCGCCGUGUGGUCCAGCAUGCGACAACAGAACUACGGCCGCAUCCUCCUCUGCACGAGCGCCAGUGGUCUGUACGGAAACUUUGGACAAGCCAACUACGCGACAACCAAGAGCGGGAUCUGGGGCCUGACUAAGGCGCUCAGUGUCGAAGGUCGCAAGUACAAGAUUGCCAUCAACGCCAUCGCAGCCGUCGCGGGCACGUCCCUCACCCAGUCCGUCAUGCCAGACAAUGUGUAUCGCCGCCUCAAGCCAGAAUACACGGCGCCGAUGGUAGUCUACUUGUGCCACAACGCUAGCUCUGAAAACGGCGGAGUGUUUGAGACGGGGGGUGGCUGGGUGGGGAAGCUGCGGCUCCAGCGCUCCGAAGGGGUCGGGUUUCCGUUGUCCGCAACUGCCGAAGAGGUUGCUACCUCGUGGGACCAAGUAACGGCCUUUUCAAGUCCGACGUACCCGACUUCGACCCAGGAUUCGUUUGGCCCGAUGCUAACCAACGUCAACCACCCGCCUGCGACACUGCACACGCCGCACUCGGCGGCAGUGGUCGCCGUGUUCCAUCGCCUUCGACAGACCCUGGAAAGACGUAGCACCCCCCUACGCGAAUCGGGCGGCCAUCUGCAUUGGACCAUUGGCGCAGCUACGUAUUCCAUUUCGCUGGCCUCCAACGCCGUCGUCGUCGUGGACGAUACCGCUACCGCUGCAUCGUCAAUUCCAGCGGUUGAUUUAAGCCUUGAAAUGACCGAGCAGGACUUUUUAGAUCUUGUGGCAGGCACGCUGCGAUUGCAACAGGCCAUAGCUGGAAAGAAGCUGACUUUGCGAGGUGAUAUCAAGUUGGCCAUGCGGUUGCAGCCGCUGCUAAAACUAUUGCAACAACCAGACGCAGCCUUGUCCAAGUUGUAAAGAAGGCAUCGGCCAUCGAACACUGCAAUGAACAAAAAUACGGAGAGACUGCUAUAAUCCAUGCUAGUACAGUAUAAUGAGAAGUGGGGCUGUUCUGAAGGCGAUAGUGUCUGGGUGCAUUUGGCAUUGUUACGGUGUACUAAUUACUAAUAAUAACAGCACAAUAAUGACCCAA